CGGGGGUCGCCUCGGCCUCCGCACUUUUCUUUUUCCUGGUAAUUUUCUCCUUUUGCCUUUGGCCUCUCCCUCGCAGAGGGGGAUCCCCCAGGGGGAAGAGACCCCGGCCCGUCCUCGAGGAGGGUGGAGGCGACGGCUGGGGGUGAGUGCUCCGUUGGACUUUGCAGGCGCUCAGUACAGCGCUCUGCGCACAAUGAGGAAACUGAAGCACAGAGCGAUUAAGCAAUUCACCCAGGGUCACACAGGCCAGUGUCAGAGCUGGCAUUUGGGCCUAGGUACUCGGUCUCCCUGUGUUCUUUCUACAGGGCCAUACUAGUGGCCAGCCAAGACACCGUCAAGACAAAUGUUCAUCAAUUUUCUUUUUCUGAGGGGAGCGGAUGAUGCCAAGUUUAUAGGAAAUGGAUAGUGCUGCAUCUUUUCUAACCUGUGACAAGCUACCACUUUUUAAUAUAUUUUUUUCAACUGUGCAGUAAUUGCUAUUUUCAGACUAUGGAUACUUCUGACAUACGGGAAGCUGCUUCCUUAGGAGGAGAAACUCUGAGGCUUAAAAAUUACAAUAGACAACUGGCAUCAUUGAGGAAGCAGACCCCAUUUGGUCAAACACCAAGUCGAAGGAGAAUUUCCCUAAAUUCACCAUUGCAGGAAAAUGCCGACCCUCAAAAGAUUGCCUUCCUUCUUCACAAACAGUGGACUUUAUACAGCCUGACUCCAAUGUAUAGGUUCUCGCAUGAUAAUUUCAAAGAGUAUUCUAGGCUUCUGAAUGCUUUCAUUGCUGCCGAAAAGCAGAAGGGCGUCGCUGUAGAAGUGGGUAAAGAACUCAACUUCAGAGUGACCUUCUCCGCUCUCCUUGGCAUGAAAGGAACCCAGCGGGACCCUGGAGCAUUUCUUGUACAGAUUCUGUCAAAAUUCCAGACGUCAUCUAAACCUGCAGAAGACAGAGUGGUUUGGACAGGCUGGUUCUGCUGUACAUCUGGAGACAGCCUUUUGGAGAGCAUUACAGAGGAUUUUACAUGUCUACCCCUGUUCCUUGCAAAUGGAGCCGAAUCCAACACUGCCAUUGUUGGAACCUGGUUUCAGAGAACCUUUGACUGCAACUUCAGUCGCUUAAAAAUCAGCGCCCUCAACCUUUCCUGGAUGGCAGCCCUGUGGAGUGCAAGCAGUUUAGACCACCACAUGGUUCCUCUGGAAUUUUUGUGGUCUGUGCCCUGCAGUCCUCAUAGCCUGGACAUUUCAUACUCAAUACACCCUGAUGAUGCCCAAGCUCUGUGGAACCACGUCCACAAAACCCUGGAGGAGAUCACACAGGAAGAAGUUGACUUAUUUAUAGACUGCCUCUGUUCACACUUCCACAGACAUUUCAAAAUCCACUUGACAGCCACGAGACUUGUCCGUGUUUCAACUGCCAUAGCUUCCGCACAUACCGAUGGAAAAAUAAAGAUUUUGAAUAGUAAAUACCUGACUGGAGUGUUGGCCCUGCUAACAGAACUGGCAAUUGCUGAAAUCCAGUGACAUUUCAUAUGGGAUAAACAUUAUACAAUAUUAUGUAUAAGAUUUCCUUCACUAUUCUCUGUUGACAUUUCAGGUGAAAUAAGACCAGAGCCCCAGUGAGUUGGGGCUCUGAUGUAUGAGCAUAAGAGAACAUUUUUAUUAUGGUCUCUUUUUUGACCUGCCUAGCUUGUUACACUGCCUAAAGAUUUUAAUGUAUCCCUAUGCACUUGAGCUCUUGCAGUGAGUUUGUCGCUUGGAAUAGAAGAAACCUAAUUUCCCAGCAGUAUAUUAACUAAACAUUCAAACUUUAGCCACUAUUCAGUCUUUAGUUUGUAAAGCCUUUGUCUUGUCAUAUUUAGAUAAAUUCUAGUGGUUGAUGAAUGUAAUAGUUUAUAUUAAAGCACCCAAAACAUCA